CUUAAAAAAUUUGCAAUUUUGACCCAAAAGCCUUGGAUCCAUGUUAGAAUAUUGAUAUAUCAAACAUGGCCAAUUAUAGCUAUGGUGUGAGACGCCAGAUUGAGAGCUUUACGUUUGAACCGGGCAAGAGAUAAAGAAGAAAGGCUUUCCAAAUACUGUUUUCAUUGCUCAUGGGGUGUGCCAAAGAUGUAAAAUGUUCUUCCUAGAGGCAAAAGAAUUAAGAUAUUGGGCAUCCUGAGAGAAAGAGGGCAUGCUCCAUGCACUUUUCUUUUACCUCAUCCGAUCCACUAAUUAUGAAAGAGAAUGAAGUGGUUAUUCUAAAUAUGGCACCCAGGAUCAACCUGUCAGAAAUUGGUACCUAACUAAAUUGGUACCUAAAUAAAAAUGAAUUUAAGCCGCACCUCACUGGGAUUCUGUUUCCAAUGAUCAAACUCAACCCCCACCCCCACCCCCGUCCCAACUAACGCCAAAAAAAAGCUUACAAGGUGGAGAGAAAUGUUUCCCAUCUUUUUGUUUUUUGUUCUGCAAUGUUAGGCCAGACAAAGUCUAUAAAAAGUUUACCCUUUACUGGUGAGCCCCUACUCUAUACUGCCAAGAGUAGACGCUUUCAAAACUUUCACGGCUUCGGUCAAAGUUGAACAGUUAUCUGGCCGGUCUGAAAACAAGUGCUUUUUACCGAAAAUUUUCGCUGGGAAAACCCGAACAUUUCCGAGCACUAACCCAACCUAGUUCCCAGGGUCUUCUCUGCACUGACGUUGUCAGACUGAGACGUCACGUGAGUAAACCACCUCAGCCACCUCCCGUUCUCGAGGAGAAGACCCUGGGGACGAGAUUACAAUCAACUAUGGCGGCAGUACGCGGAGCUGGCGAUAGCAGUCCAUACCUUCUUCUCACUCUUGUCAGGCAUGGUGAAACUACAGAGAACAAGACUGAUGUUAUUCAAGGGCAGACAGACACAUUAUUGAAUGAUGAAGGUAUUGAACAAGCAAAGCUUGCUGGAAACAAAUUAUGCGAUGAAGACUUCUCUCAUGUUUUCUCCAGUGACUUACAGAGAGCUUUUAAGACUGCAGAGGAGAUUGUCAAGAAAAACAAUUUCUGCUCUCACAAGAAAAUUGUGGAGGAUUCUCGUCUAAGGGAACGAUGCUAUGGUGUGGCAGAAGGAGUAUCAAAACAGACGUUUAUUCAAAUGGCAGCUAAUAACAGCAUGAAACCAGGUGUUUUUACUCCGAAAGGGGCAGAAACCCUUCAAGAAGUCAAGGAAAGAGCAACAGAAUUCUUGAACUUCAUCAUAGAAGAAAUAGGACACUCACACAUCGACAUCAACAACUGUUCUAGUCACACCCAGACUGACAAUUUCAUUAGUAGUGAAAUUAUUGAUGACUUGCAAGGCUCAGCAUGUGAAAUGCUUGAAAAACAAAAGCAGCAAUCCCAUUUAGCCAAUGUUCUGAUUGUUUCUCAUGGUGGUGUUAUACGGCAGUUGCUGCUCUACUUUGUUGAUGAUUUAGAAUCUGAUUUUCCAAUUGGAGCCAACAGGCAACUCAGAUUUGUAUCACCAAACACUGGCAUUUCAAAGUUAAAAAUCUUUAUAAAUGAGGAAACAAAAUUACCUGAAUUUGUUAAGUGCAUCUAUUUACAUAGUACAGAACAUCUUGCAAAAGAUGAAGGUUCUAAAUGAAAUUUCUUUAAUUGUUUUAAUCUAUUUAAAUCAUAAGACUUUGUUUGGCUCUGAAUUUUGUUUUUUAUGAGAUGUAAUGAUACGCAGCCAAAAUUAAGUCUGUUUCACCAAAAUGGGUAUUUAUUACUUUUGCUCGAUAUAUUUGAAUUUAGUGUGGAAAUAUUAGUUAUUCAUUAUGCCAUCCCCAUAAAGCGUUUUGCUUCCAUCCCCCUCUCUUUUGUAAAAGUGAGUCUGUCAGUUGGUAAAGGUAGUAGAUAAGCUGACGAAAGAGGCAUUGACAAAUUAACAAUUUAUUAAUUCAAUGAGCCUCGAUUGUAUCUUCCCCAUGACUGCCAUUUUACAUUGGAGCCACCUUCACUCUGACAAAAAGGCAGUCUCAAACUCAUGAAUAAUUCAUUAACUUUAAACAAAGGAAAUCUUGACCGUGAUGGUGUUUGGAUAACUGAUCUAAUUAGCAUAGAUUUUUUUACG